UGAACUUGAAGCUGCCACCGGUACUCAGGUACAGCUACAGCUAGCUCCCACAGAGAUACCUGAGCUCAGGCUAUUAGUAUAGCUGGUUGGGACAGCUGGAUCAGCGCUUAGAGUUGCAAAAAGCUGAGGUUUGGCCUUGCAUCGAUUGCUCCGCUUUUCUGAGAACAGCAGCUCUCAUCUGGAUAAGGAAUCAUGCUGCUUAUCCGCAGGGCUUGAGGAGAAAACAUUCUCGUCCAAAAAAUGGGCCUGCUUACCAUCAUCAAGAAGGUGAAGCAGAAGGAGAAGGAGAUGCGCCUUCUGAUGGUGGGCCUUGACAAUGCUGGCAAGACAACGAUUGUCAAGCGGAUAAACGGUGAAGACACCAGUACCAUCAGUCCUACUCUUGGCUUCAACAUCAAGACCAUGCAAUACAAAAAUUUCCGGUUGAACAUCUGGGACGUUGGCGGACAGAAGACUCUAAGAGCGUACUGGCGGAACUACUAUGAGCAGACGGACGGCAUGAUCUGGGUGGUCGACAGCUCGGACUUAAGACGGCUCGAUGACUGCCGUGCGGAGCUCCACGGCCUCUUGAAGGAGGAGAAACUUGCAGGGGCUUCACUUCUCAUUUUUGCGAACAAGCAGGACAUCACGGGGGCUCUCCGACCUGAACAGAUUGCAAAAGUGUUGCAACUGGAUUUGAUGGACGGUAGCCGACAUUGGAAAAUUGUAGGGUGCAGCGCGGUUGGAGGUGACGGAUUGUUGACAGGGUUUGAUUGGAUCGUGUCGGACAUAGGCACACGGAUAUUUAUGCAUGAAUGAGUGGUAUUGUCGCAAAUGCU